AUGUCGCGUUACAGAGGACCUCGUUUCAAAAAAAUCCGUCGUCUGGGGGCUUUACCGGGGCUAACUAGUAAAAAGCCUAGAGCCGGAAGCGAUCUUAGAAACCAAUCGCGCCCCGGCAAAAAAUCUCAAUAUCGUAUUCGUUUAGAAGAAAAACAAAAAUUGCGCUUUCAUUAUGGUCUUACAGAACAACAAUUACUUAAAUACGUUCGGAUCGCCGGAAAAGCCAAAGGGUCAACAGGUCAGGUAUGGCUUCGACUAUUCCUCAAGCCCGCCAAUUAG